UCCCAGGGCAGCAGUGGCAGCGGCGGCGAGGGCCCAUCAUGGCGGCGGUGGAGAGGGCAGGAAGUCCCGGCGGCCGCUGACUCUCCCAGCCCGGGGGUCCCUCCGUCCUGUCCUGAUUUCUUGUGUGACCGGAGGAGCUGUCAGAAGGGGGCUCCAGCCCUACAUUAGGGGCCACUCCUCCUCAGAAGCUGUAGAUCCCUUCCCUUUAUAGAAGGGAGACCCCCCAGGGGCCUGAGGACCCCCAGGAACGGGGAUGACCAAGGAAGUGACCGCGGGGACGAGACGUGUGUGUACUUUCCGGUGCUGCUAGGCCGGGGGCGCCCCCUAUUGCACUUAACCCCUUGGUGACCUGACUGACUUAACCCUUUCAUGACCCUGCCAUAAGCCAUGCCAUGGCUGACCCUGGGAGCAGCCCCCCAUGAUCCCCAGCGCCCUGCCCCCGAGGAGCGUCUCUGCGGACCCCUGACAUUUAUGGUUUUUUGUGAUGAAAUCCUCAAACCACAUCCUGCUCCAUCUGUGACGGCCGAAGUUCCUCUUCUCAGCGACUUGACAUGAGCGCUCGGAGGCGGUGAGGACCAGGGGAGCGCUCGGACGCGGUGAGGACCAGGGGAGCGCCACGGGACGCCAGCAAAGAGCCAAACGCACUGACUGGAAAUUUUUUACAUUUUUUCCCCGCAAAUUGUUGGUUCAUCCUAUGGGUCAGCAGCCCGGAAAAGUGCUCGGGGACCAGAGGAGGCCCAGUCUGCCUGUCCUACCCUUCAUUAAAGGGGCCGGGAAGAAGGAGGCCGCCAAACAUGGCGGCCCACACUGCAACGUCUUCGUGGAGCACGAAGCCUUACAGCGACCCAUCGUUUCGGAUUUUGAACCUCAAGGUCUGAGUGAAGCUGCUCGCUGGAACUCCAAGGAGAACCUCCUGUCCGGACCCAGUGAGAAUGACCCCAACCUGUUUGUUGCUCUCUAUGAUUUUGUGGCCAGCGGAGAUAAUACCCUGAGCAUCACUAAAGGUGAGAAGCUCCGUGUUCUCGGCUACAAUCACAACGGAGAGUGGUGCGAGGCUCGGACCAAGAAUGGCCAGGGCUGGGUGCCCAGUAACUACAUCACCCCGGUCAACAGUCCUGAGAAGCACUCGUGGUACCACGGGCCGGUGUCCCGCAACGCGGCUGAAUACCUCCUGAGCAGCGGCAUCAAUGGCAGCUUCCUGGUCCGAGAGAGCGAGAGCAGCCCGGGGCAGAGGUCCAUAUCCCUACGAUACGAGGGCAGGGUGUACCACUACCGGAUCAAUACAGCGUCUGACGGCAAGCUCUAUGUGUCCUCAGACAGCCGCUUUAAUACACUGGCCGAGCUAGUGCACCACCACUCAACAGUAUCCGAUGGACUGAUCACCACGCUACACUACCCAGCGCCAAAGCGCAACAAGCCCACCAUCUAUGGGGUGUCCCCCAACUAUGACAAAUGGGAGAUCGAGAGGACGGACAUCACCAUGAAGCACAAACUGGGCGGCGGUCAGUACGGAGAGGUCUAUGAGGGCGUCUGGAAGAAGUAUAAUCUGACCGUGGCAGUGAAGACGCUGAAGGAAGACACCAUGGAGGUGGAGGAGUUCUUGAAAGAAGCUGCUGUGAUGAAGGAGGUGAAGCAUCCCAACCUGGUGCAGCUGCUGGGGGUCUGUACGCGGGAGCCCCCGUUCUACAUCAUCACUGAGUUUAUGACGUACGGGAACCUGUUGGACUACCUGCGAGAGUGCAACCGGGAAGAGGUGACGGCCGUGGUACUUCUUCACAUGGCAACUCAGAUCUCGUCAGCCAUGGAGUACCUGGAGAAGAAGAACUUCAUUCACAGGGACCUUGCAGCCAGAAACUGCCUCGUUGGCGAAAACCACUUGGUAAAAGUUGCUGAUUUCGGGCUCAGCCGCCUGAUGACGGGCGAUACAUACACUGCCCACGCUGGAGCCAAAUUCCCCAUCAAGUGGACGGCCCCGGAAAGCCUGGCGUAUAACAAGUUCUCCAUCAAGUCCGAUGUCUGGGCGUUUGGCGUAUUACUCUGGGAGAUCGCCACCUACGGCAUGUCCCCCUACCCCGGCAUCGACCUGUCGCAGGUGUACGAGCUGCUGGAAAAGGAUUAUCGCAUGGAGCGUCCCGAGGGCUGCCCAGAGAAAGUGUACCAACUCAUGAGAGCAUGCUGGCAGUGGAACCCUCUCGACCGGCCGUCCUUCGCUGAGAUCCACCAGGCCUUUGAGACCAUGUUCCAGGAGUCGAGUAUAUCGGACGAGGUGGAGAAGGAGCUGGGGAAGAAAGGCUUAAGAGUGAAUGUCAGCUGCCUUCUGCAGGCCCCCGAGCUGCCGACGAAGACCAGGACCUCCCGAAGAGUGACCGAGAACAAGGAUGAUACCACAGAUACCUCACACAGCAGGGGCGCCGCUGAUCAGGAUGUUCUGGAUCUGGAGUCGGCCGCUGUGUCUCCUCUCCUCCCUCGCAAGGAACGGACUGGCGAUGUCGGGCCUGAGGAUGACCGUCUGUUACCCAAUAGUAAAAAGGCCAACCUCUUCAGCACACUGAUCAAGCGGAAGAAGAAAACUGCCCCCACCCCACCCAAGCGCAGCAGCUCCUUCCGUGAGAUGGAACCGAGGUGCCUGGAAGGAGAUGGCAGAGACGCCAGCAAUGGUGGCGAUAUAGAGUCCAUGAAAUUCACGAGUAACGGGGCCACCAUGACCAAUGGCUCUGUGCAGGGGGGUACGCUCUUUUUAACCCCACACUGGAAAAAGUCCAUCACGAGUGUAGGGCGGCAACCACCGCCGGGAGAAGAGGAUGGGAGCAGCACCACCAGCAAACGCUUCCAGAGGUCAUCUUCUGCCUCAUGCAUGCCCCAUGGGUCCAAAGAUAUGGAGUGGAAGUCAGUCACUCUGCCCAGGGAAUUGCCUUCCACCAGGCACAUGCUGGACCUGUCUGGAGGUGUCCAAAAAGCAGACAGACCAGCUCUGCCUCGUAAAAGGGGCAAUGAGGUCAAACCAGACCUGUCUAGUUCUAGAGGGACAGUGACACCACCUCCCCGCCUUCCCAAGAAAACCGAGGAGCCCACAGACGAAGUGUUUAAGGAUGCCGACCAAAGUCCAGGCUCCAGUCCUCCCAGUCUGACCCCAAAAUUUCCACGUAGGAAACCUGGCGGCCCCUCGUCUUCCUCCCCCGUACAAAAAGAGGAGAGCGGGAACAUAAGAACUGCUUCAGAGUUCGUCUCCUCUGCUAAGGUGACCCCAGGCGCUGGCAGAACCGAGACAGACCUCCGUCUCCGGAGACUCAAAGCAACAGAGUCUGCCGCCAAGGACAAAAUUAAAGCAGCGAAGGUCAAACCGAGCCCACCUCUACCACUGUCCAGCCAGACCUCUCCGUCUUCCACCAACACGAAGCCUUCAAAGAUAUCCUCCCAAAGCCUUAGCCACGACACCAGCACAAACGAGCCAAAGCACAAGGCCGCAAACCAGAGUGAAGACCACUUGAGAACAAACCCAGCUGUGACGGACACCGCCAAGAAAGCCACGCCACUGUCCACCACCAAGCCCCUAUCCACGGAAAAGCGGGCCGCGGUUCAGACGGGGAUCGACCAACCUCAGCCACCCACAUCCUCCUCCACCGCUUUCAUUCCACUCAUCUCCACUAGAGUUUCCUUGCGUAAAACCCGCCAUCCUCCCGAGAAGCUGCUAAGCGGAGCAGUCACCAAGGAGACGUUGCUGGAAAGCACUGAAUGCCUACGGGCCGCCAUCAGCCGAAACUCUGAACAGAUGGCCAGCCACAGCGCCGUGCUGGAGGCCGCCAAAAACCUCCACGCCUUCUGCACCUGCUAUGUGGACUCCAUUCAACAGAUGAGGAACAAGUUUGCUUUCAGAGAAGCCAUGAGCAAGUUGGAGAACAGCCUCCGGGACCUUCAGAUAUGCCCCGCCGCCGCCACCACGGCAGGAGGACCGGCCACGUCUCAGGACUUUACCAAGCUGCUCUCGUCUGUCAAAGAAAUAAGCGACGUGGUUCAGAGGUAGCAUCUCAGACGUCAGGUGGGCCUCGCACCCCACGUUUCUGCUCUACGUAAUGGACGGUGUCUUGACACUAAAGCUAUGCAUCCUACAUUGGUGGCCUGCGCCGUGCCGCCUGGUAUCCAGAGGUGGCUGCACAUCUUCACCCCCUCCCCCUUCUACAUGACACGGACCUUCAAGGUCUACAGGUUUCCUCCACCCGUAACUGGCAGAAUGAGCCCUCUACGGCGCUGGGAUCCCCCAUAAGCCUCUGCCUUGUCUAACACUGCUACAUCCCAACGGCCACUGCCGCAGCACCAGGUAUCGAGGGGGGGGGGGGGGCGGUGGCGUCUCUCUUCCCCCACCGCACAUAUUAAAGAGCCAAGGAGCGCUUGGCUCCUGAGACAUUCCGACAACCAGACCCUCAGCACAUAAGCGGCUACACUGUAGCAUUCCGUUAACUCUACCUUUCCCGAGUGACCAGACUGCCCUCGGCUCCAAGGGUGUCCGCCCACGCCGGCGUACAAUAGCGUGGUGUCUAUGCAGAGACGCAGUGGACAAACUGUCUGUAGGGGGCGCUGAGAACUUGAUGAUUUUAAGUGCAAUUUCCUUUUUCCCUAUGUAUUAUUCUUUUAAAACCAAAAACAGGUGGACUGUGUGAAGGUGACGGUGACCACGCUCCCCAGUAUUGCCAUAGGCACAUCCGCCAGGGGCCGUAAUGAUCAGGGGCCCUGAGUAUGUGCAAUCCAAGCACCUCACAAGUGUCCUCCCCCACAAGUGACUGAACCAGCAGUGCCUCCCACCUUAACACUAUGGUGCCCAUUGAGUAAACCAUGUAUUGUACUGUCUCUCAUGCCAGCUGUGUUUGUAUAGCCCUCUUCCUCUCUCCCAUGCAUCCAUCUUGCACUCUUCCUCUGUUCUGUGCGUUCGUCUCGCUUUCCUCGUCUCUCCUGUGCGUCCGUCUCGCUUUCCUCGUCUCUUCUGUGCGUCCGUCUCGCUUUCCUCGUCUCUCCUGUGCGUCCGUCUCGCUUUCCUCGUCUCUCCUGUGCGUCCGUCUCGCUUUCCUCGUCUCUCCUGUGCGUCCGUCUCGCUUUCCUCGUCUCUCCUGUGCGUCCGUCUCGCUUUCCUCGUCUCUCCUGUGCGUCCGUCUUGCUUUGCUCGUCUCUCCUGUGCGUCCGUCUCGCUCUCCUGUGCGUCCGUCUCAC